UGCGUGCGCAUGCGCGGAGCGCGGCGCGCGCAGCGGCUGGGCCGUUGGCUGUUCGGCCCUGGGAUCCGCCGCGUCUCCGCGAGCAGUCGGCUCUGAACCGCGAGCCGCCGUGAGCUCUCGGAUUCUAGCCGGCGCCAGCGAGCCCAGGGGCAUCGCCCGCAGCGGCCAAGCUCAUGGCCGGCUAAGCGGGACGCCGCCUCCGCCUCAGCCACCGCCGCCGCCGCCGCCUCCUCCUCCUCAGCCGGCGGCGGCCCGGGCCCAGCAGCCAUGGCCGAAGACUACUGGGACGGGCGCCUGCGGCGAACAGGAGGAGAAGGAGGUCGCGCGGCCUCAGCCCGGGCCGCCGCCCCAGGCGCCGCCGCGCCGGCCCCGCGGCGUUGAGGUUGCUCGCGCGCCCCCGCCGGUCGCCAUGGAUCGGAUGAAGAAGAUCAAACGGCAGCUGUCAAUGACACUCCGAGGGGGCCGAGGUGUAGAUAAGACCAAUGGUGCCCCUGAACAGAUAGGCCUGGAUGAGAGUGGUGGUGGCGGCGGCGGUGACCUUGGAGAGGGCCCCACACAUGCUGCCCCUGGGGAACCUCGCUCUGGACGGGGCCCACUCAGCUCUGCACCAGAGAUUGUACACGAGGACUUGAAGAUGGGGUCUGACGGGGAAAGUGACCAGGCUUCAGCCACGUCCUCGGAUGAGGUGCAGUCACCAGUGAGGGUGCGCAUGCGCAACCAUCCCCCACGCAAGAUCUCCACUGAGGACAUCAACAAGCGCCUAUCACUACCAGCCGACAUCCGGCUGCCCGAGGGCUACCUUGAGAAGCUGACCCUCAAUAGCCCCAUCUUCGACAAGCCCCUCAGCCGCCGCCUCCGCCGUGUCAGCCUGUCUGAGAUUGGCUUUGGGAAACUGGAGACCUACAUCAAGCUGGACAAGCUGGGAGAGGGUACCUAUGCCACCGUCUACAAAGGCAAAAGCAAGCUCACAGACAACCUCGUGGCACUCAAGGAGAUCAGACUGGAACACGAAGAGGGGGCACCCUGCACCGCCAUCCGAGAAGUGUCCCUGCUCAAGGACCUCAAACACGCCAACAUCGUCACGCUACACGACAUCAUUCACACAGAGAAGUCCCUCACCCUUGUCUUUGAGUACCUGGACAAGGACCUGAAGCAGUACCUGGAUGACUGUGGGAACGUCAUCAACAUGCACAACGUGAAACUGUUCCUGUUCCAGCUGCUCCGUGGCCUGGCCUACUGCCACCGGCAGAAGGUGCUACACCGAGACCUCAAGCCCCAGAACCUGCUCAUCAAUGAGAGAGGAGAGCUCAAGCUGGCCGACUUUGGCCUGGCCCGGGCCAAGUCAAUUCCAACGAAGACCUACUCCAAUGAGGUGGUAACACUGUGGUACCGGCCCCCCGACAUCCUGCUCGGGUCCACAGACUACUCCACUCAGAUUGACAUGUGGGGUGUGGGCUGCAUCUUCUAUGAGAUGGCCACAGGCCGGCCCCUCUUCCCGGGCUCCACGGUGGAGGAACAGCUGCACUUCAUCUUCCGCAUCUUGGGAACCCCAACUGAGGAGACAUGGCCGGGCAUCCUGUCCAAUGAAGAGUUCAAGACAUACAACUACCCCAAGUACCGAGCUGAGGCCCUUUUGAGCCAUGCACCCCGACUUGACAGCGACGGGGCUGACCUCCUCACCAAGCUGCUGCAGUUUGAAGGUCGCAAUCGGAUCUCCGCAGAAGAUGCCAUGAAACAUCCAUUCUUCCUCAGUCUGGGGGAACGGAUCCACAAACUUCCUGACACUACUUCCAUAUUUGCACUAAAGGAGAUCCAGCUACAAAAGGAGGCCAGCAUUCGGUCUUCGUCAAUGCCUGACUCAGGCAGGCCAGCUUUCCGAGUGGUGGACACCGAGUUCUAAGCCACAGACCGAGGCCCCAGCAGGCAGCAGCUGGAGGGAUGCCAUACCCCUCACAGGGCAGCCCCCAACUGCAUCAUCCUCCCUGCUUGCUGCCUGCCUACCUGCCUGACUCAUGCUCGCCUGCCCACAUGUCCCUUGCUGCCUGUCUGAACACCCGACCAUUGGCCUGUCGGCCCAUCCAUUGGCCUGUCUGCUGGGUGCUAACAAAGUUCUCAUCGCUCCUUCG